GGCCUGUUUCCGCCCCUCGCGCAAAGUAACCACGCUAGUUACAACACUCUGUUAAUGAGCAAAUACGGUUAUCCGAUGUGGAUCUCAUGUCUGAUCAUCCACACAACCAGGCACUUGCAGCAAGUAUAAAUGCAACACCCUCGCACGAGAUCAUCGUCAGAUUCCCAACAUCCAAGCUCAAUGCCAAAUAGCAAUCAUGGAGCGCCUUCCAGGUUUCAAUGUUGCUAAUCAUUUUGAGAAGCGUCAGCUUCUCAUCGCUAUCAAUUGUGUUGCUGCUCUGUCGAUUUUCUUCUUUGGAUAUGACCAGGGAAUGAUGGGAGGUGUUAACAACUCUAAAGACUAUAUCGACUUGAUGGGCUUCGGCUACGUUGACCAAGAAACCGGCGAACCAGUCAUCACCGAUAGUCUCCUACAAGGCGGCAUCGUAUCAGUUUACUACCUCGGAACUCUCUUUGGAUGUCUCUUUGGAGGCUGGGUAGGGGAUAAAGUUGGACGUAUCAAGACCAUCGCUAUUGGUGCAGCCUGGGCUAUUGUUGGCGCAGCGCUACAGUGCUCUGCUCAGAAUCACGAUUGGAUGAUUUGCUCCCGUGCGGUCAAUGGCAUAGGAACCGGUAUCCUCAACGCGAUCGUGCCAGUUUGGGCUACCGAGACAGCAGAACAUACCUCAAGAGGCCAAUUUAUCGCAAUUGAGUUCACGCUCAACAUCUUCGGCGUGGUGGUGGCCUACUGGUUGGAGUUCGGACUAUCGUAUAUUGACAAUAAUAAUUCUCAGUUCGGCUGGCGUUUCCCUAUCGCCUUCCAAAUCCUACCUCUCCUUGUACUGCUAGGCUGCGUCUGGUUCUUCCCGGAAUCACCCCGUUGGCUUGUCAAGGUUGGUCGUGACGAUGAGGCUCAGUACAUCCUCCGUCGCCUCCGUGGGUCGAGCGAGGCGGACCUUUCCCGCGCUCACGCUGAGUAUACCGACAUCAAGAACAUCGUUCAGCUUGAGAGCAAGGAAUCUUCUAAGAACUCCUAUUUGCACAUGUUCUUUGGUAUUGGAUCAGGUGAACUCCAUACUGGUCGACGUGUUCAGCUGGUCAUCUGGCUCCAAAUCAUGCAAGAAUGGGUCGGUAUCGCCGGCGUGACAGUCUACGCCCCUACAAUCUUCAGGAUCGCCGGGUUCGAUACACGCAAAUCCCAAUGGAUUAGUGGCCUCAACAACAUCUUCUACAUGUUCGCCACACUCAUCUGCGUCUACACACUCGAUCGCAUCGGUCGAAGAUGGACUCUUUACUGGGGUGCUGUCGGCCAAGGAAUCGCCAUGUUCCUAGCCGCUGGAUUCUCCAAACUUGGCCAAGAAGCGAGGAACGCUGGUGAUCUUGACAAAGCUAGCUCUUAUGGUGCAGCAGCAGCUUCCUUCGUCUUCAUCUUCACUUCGGUCUUUGGAGCUACCUGGUUAACGGUUCCUUGGCUAUACCCUGCUGAGAUCUUUCCGCUACAAGUUCGGGCCAAGGGUAAUGCCUUCGGUGUUUUUGGUUGGAGUAUCGGCAAUGGAUGGCUUACUCUUCUAUGCCCCGUCAUGUUUUCAGCCAUUGGUGAGAACACACUUCAUAUCUUUGGAGCCUGUAACAUCAUUGCGAUUCCGAUGGUUUGGGCUCUGUAUCCUGAGAGUAACCAACGUACUCUUGAAGAGAUGGAUCUGCUAUUUGCGGCCGAUACACCUUGGGUUUGGGAUGCAGAGAAGAAGUUCAAGGAGUUGAAGGAGAAGCAACCUGGACUUGUUACUGCUUCCGCUCAUAACAGGGAUGUUAUGGACGUUGAACCUGGAGUCAAGUCUGGUUCUGGGGAUGAGGUGAAUAUGAGUGCAUGAAGAAUAAGGUGUAGGGCAGAUUACUCUAGUUAGGUUCUGUAGCUCGACCUUGUCUCUGUAAUUGACGCAACUUACUACCCAC